AUGAGCGUCAACACAGCUGGUGACGGAGCUGCAGAGUCGCCCCCCGACCUCUGUGCUGCUCCAUCCGCUCCCGCCUCCUCCUUCAAUCGUUCGCAGCCUCACGCGUCGCCGAGUCGAGGCCCGUCGCCCCGUUCAGCGGCUCUCAGCUCGCCACUUCCGCCGCCCGCGAGGCCUCGGCCUGCAGCGCGGGGGGCGUCUGUCUUUUCCUCUUCCUGCCUUCCGCCGCUGCACGCUUCCGCCUCCUCGCCUCCUCGAUGCCUUGUCGGGGUCGCGUCUUCAAAUCGCGUUCCAUCUCGUGCGUGGCGCGCGGCGGCCGCCGAGGGACUCUCCGCGCCUCUCGUCCCGCUGCCGGAGGCGGCGACGCGGGCGCCUGAGAAGACAGCGAGCGUCCCAGCUAGCGAGCGUGUGGUCGCGGAGCGGUCUGCGGCGGAUCGCCCGCGCGUGCUUGGCGAGGAGUCUGCCGACGCGCGGAAGGCGGAAAGUGGAAGGAGCCUCGGGGAACGGAGGGGGGGACCCCGGACGACGCUCAGGUCUCUCUCUGUCUCGUGGCUUCGGCGGCCGCGACGUCUGCUUGGCUUGAUCUGGCAGUGUCUGCUUUAUUCGUCGCGCCUUUUCAUCUCGUCGCCUGCGUCGUUCCGCUCUUCGUCACCCCAGUCAGAAGGGUUCACGUUGCCCUCCGCGUCCCCGGCUGCUCCGGGUCCCGCCAGCGGCGAUGAGGAUGAUCUGGGUAAGGCGGCGGCCUUUUUGAAGGCCUUUGACGCCGAGCGACGCCGCCACCCGUCCGCACCGUCCAUUCUGAGAGCUCUGCAUGCCGCCAGCCUCCUGUCGCCAGCGUAUCUGCUCGGCGUCCUCCGCCUCCUCGAAGUCAUCCUCGCGGCCCUGCUGCCGCUGUUUCUCAAACGCCUGGUGGCCUCCGUGGAGGCGCCGCUCCCGGGCGCCUCGCCAGAUGGCUGGCAGGGCACGUCACUGGCUCACGCGUCUUCCUCAACACUGCGCUCACCUGAGGGGUGUUGUGAGUCGCCUCCGGCCUCCGGAUCGGCCUGCCGGUCUGCCCACAUAGCGGCGGCGUGUGCGCCGGCGGCGACUGGCGCGGCUUCGCCGCUGGCUACGCCGCUAUCGUCCGCGUUGGGAGAUGCGUUCCACGACCCUGCGGCGCUGGCGUCUGCCGGCGACCCCGGCGUGGCUGCGUGGUCGGCCGCCGCCUCCUUCCCGCCGCUCCUGGCCUCCCUCUUCGCUCUGUUUACGGGGGAGGCGACGGCUGAGCCGAGCUCCGGCGGGUCGCACGUCGUGGUGCGGCCGCGGACGGAGGACGACGAGUUUUUGGAGGCGCGCAUGCGCCACAUUCUGCUGCUCGCGCUCGGCAUGGUCGUGUGCAGCCUCGCACAUGUCGCGCUCGGCGUUUACGUAGGGCAGAAGAUGCGGCGCGUCGCCGUGGACAUCAAGGUCGCCCUUCUCGCCGCCGCCUUUCGAGUGGUCGUCAGCCCCGGGGGAGGCGAAGGAUACGCGCGCAGACGGGACACGAACUUCCGCCCGCAGCUGACGCGAAAGCGCUGGGAGAACGACGCGGACUGGUGCCGGAUUCAGAACGGUGAAGGGGAAAGCCGAGGCCGAAAAAGCCGUGGACACACGCCGGACGGACCCGACACCACCCCGCGCCCGUCGUGGCGGGGCGGCGCGACACCUCGGUUCAUGGGCUUCGGUGCAGAGACACGCGACCGAAGUCACGACGACAACAGACAGCGAUUAGGCCCAGAACGGGAAGCCCGCAAUGGGCACGGCCGGCGGGCGACUGCAGGCGAAGGCCGUGAGAGACGUCGACGCAGCCGCGCCGAGGAACAGGGCACUUUGGUCGAUGGGGAGAGCACUCCGCAGUCGGGGUUAAACCCUAAACCCUUUGGGGUCGGCGGGCCUUUCGCCGACUUGGAAGACCGAGCUCGCGCUCGUGAGCAUACAGACGAGGAGAACGAACUUGCCGGACGGGCGUCGAGCGGCGUUGGCAGCCAGCGCCAACGCAGCGGUGUGGAGCGCCCCGGUCCUGCCUCAUGGGACGCAGGGCAGUCCGCCGAUCCGCCCGAGGCGUCGCUGCCGCUGCACUGGGCGCGCGGCGCGGAAAGGCGUGGGAAGGAGGGGGCCGCUGCCUCGAGCGUAGACGAGGCCGCCGCAUCUGACGUCGUUCCUGCGGAUCUCAGGCAGGCAGAGCCGAUGCGCCACGAAGCAUCUGGCGGUCGGUGGCUCGCGCGCUCGCCUCGUUCGGACGCCACGCCUUUCGACCAGCCCGGCAGCGGGGGGAAAGCCCCUGGAGCAUUUGCGCCUUGGGCGCCGCGCGAGGAUGCAGAAGCGAGUCCAGGGACGGCUCCGAGCACCAUUCUGGUGGGCAGUUCACAGCAACCAAGAUCGCCACUUUCGCCUGCGUGUCAGGAGCGUCAUGCCAUACCCGGCCGUUCGUCGCGUGUUGCCGCGUCCGGCCCUGCUCCAAGCCCCUCGCUUUCCCCUCGCCCGUCACUGACCCUGUGUCACUCAGCGCCGCUCCUCUCCGUCGCAUCAUCUUCUCUGUUUCUGUCAGCGUCUUACUUUCCAUCUCUUUCUGCUGGGUCGUCGUCGCUCCGGGCGCGGGUCAGGGGUGCCAUUGAGAACGCAGCCUCGAGGGCGCUGCGGCGGACUGCCACUGUCAUGGGUGGCCUCAACACCGCGGCUCGCGACGUCGCAAAUUCAGCUGUGGCGACCGCAGCGGCCGCGACGGCCCAGUUUGUGGGCGCGGAGCGCUCAAAGAAAGGCAGGCGACUGCGCCGGCGGGAGCGACGAGGGGCGUGUGGCAAGCAGGCAAACCGCGGGAGCGGGACCGCAGCAGGCGAUGAUGAGGCGGCGGCCGGGGAGGGGUCAGACGAGGAUGGGCCGAGCAGCGAAGCUGGAGACUUGUCCGGCGUCGACAGCGACACAGACGACAGCAGCGGAGACGAAGAGGACGACGCAGCGUCGCUGGCGACGGUCUUCAGCUGGGCUGACGAGGAAGAGGGCGGCGGCGUCGAUGGCGCCGAGACUAGCAGCUGCGACCCGCCUGUUAACUUCAGCCUGAGCAGGACCCUCGCGAGACACGCACCUGCCGUCAAAUCGUCAUCGCUCGCGUCCCCUACCUGGCCGGCGCCUCUCCAGAUGGACUGCGGAGGGCCGGCGCCCGGGCUGCCGCUGGCGAGGCCCAUGUAUAUGGAACCCACAGAGGGGACACGACAACGGCGAAGGAGCAGUGGCGACAUUGCCGCCGUCGCAGCCGCAGCCGCCGCAGCCACAAUAGCUGCCUUUCGGUCUUCUUCGCGUUUAGCGCCUACAACGGAUGAUCAGGCACUGGGCUCCAAACGCCGUUCCCUCGACGACCGCGGCACUGGAUCAGCGACCGCGCGUGGCGCCUGGGACAAAGCGGGGGCUGCAGUAGCACCGGCACCUUGGAGCUCCGCGUGGCAGCAGACGAGCGUGGAUGUACCGUGGCCUGCCGACGUGCCCGUGCCCUGUGAAUCUUUCUCACACGGCGCGGGGGAGCGCCGUGGACGCACAGCUGGCGACGGCCCUAGGCGGCCUAUCGCCGUCACCAGAGCUGACGUUCAAGGGACGACUCCCACGGACUGCGGGUGGCGUUCCAUCUGUCGCCCGUCGACAGCCUCAGGGUCUGCGCCUGCCGCCCGCCGGUGCGCAUCUGCUCCUUCGCUGCCUCCCGGUCUCUACGACUUGACAACUGUGUCGUUCCCCCAGCAGACUGGAGCCCUUUGGUCACCCGACACGGCGUCAUCUUCGGAGCCUUCGAAAGCCCGGUUGUGGACGUCAGCGACGCGCCAGCAGGCCAGCUGCACCCGGAGAAAGGAAGCGAAAUGGCGAGAGGAGGGCACCAGUCGCUCAACCUCCAGUGGGAAGCAAAAGCGCCAACGGGGGCCGCGCUCGGGAGUCGUCCCGGUGGAGCUCACCACACUGCUGAGUGUGGACGGCGAGCGGAUUCAGGGCGGCCUCUGCACACUCCACGAAGCUUGGGCGACGCCGCUGACGCUCGCCAUGACGCUCUACUUGAUCUACUUCCAGAUUCCCAAGGCCUUCCUCCCCGGCCUCAUUGUGUUUGGCAUCUGUCUCCUGCUUCAAGUUCACCUAACGGGCUACCUGCGCCACCUGACGCGGCGCCUUAUGGUCUGCCGCGACGCGCGCCUCCACGCCUGCCGCGAGUUUUUCGCUCACUUUCGACACGUGAAGCUCCUUUGCCUCGAGAGAUUCGCCUAUCGGCGUCUGCGAACGCUCAGGCAGCACGAACUCCAGCGGCUCAAGUGGCGGUACUAUCUGCACGCGUGUGGCAACUAUUUCUUUAUCUGCACGCCUCUAGUCGUCAAGGUCGUCGUCCUCUUCUCGCUUGUCCUCGCCCGUCAGAAGCUCACUGCCGCCUCCGACAUCUUCUCCUCUCUCGCUCUGAUCGACCGCGCACUCAACGCCCUUAACAUGCUGCCGCUGCUCUUGGCCGAGUUCACAACUGCGGCGGUGUCCUUCACGCGCCUGUCCACGUUCCUCUCCGCGCACUGCAGAGACGCGGACUGCGCGCCCUCGGCGAGUCUGCCGUCUACACGGCACGGCGGGCAGCGGCGCAGGGACUCGAGGGAGAGCACGACACUGGCGCGGUUGCGGCUGCAGCGGCCUAGGCUCCAACACGCACAGGCAGCCGGACCAGGGGACGAGGAGAGGCGUCGCGAGAGAGACGCCGGCGAGGUAGGAGAGAAGAGGCGAGAGGCAGCCAUGGCAGAGGCAGGUGCGACCGACGUGGAGACUCGCGACCGUCAAGGCGCUUUUGGAGAUUUUACCCAGGAAAGCAAAGCCAAAAAAGCCGUCCAUAUCGUCGCGCCGAUGCCCGCCGUCGAGGGAGCGAGGGGGCAUGCGGAUGGGCUAAGCAGUCCCCAGACAUCUGCAUGGCUUCAGCCCCCUACAUGGGGUGCUGGCGAGGACAGACGGGACCCCGCAAUUCUGUUGCAGGGUUGCUAUUUCUCUUGGCAGUCCCUGACGCCAUCGGAGCUGUCCGAGUUCUCGCGGGUGCUUCGCGUGCCUCUCGCGUUUCCUAUCGCGUCCACACGCAGCGGCACCGCGUCGUCUCGUUGUUCGUCUCCGCUUUCGACAGCUAGCCCGUGCCCGCCGGCGGCCGGGGCGCCCGCCUUUGUGGGGGCGCCGCUGCUGUCCAGUGUAGCUGGGCCCUCUGUGAGCCGCAGCAAAGUCGUGUUGAAGCACAUCGAUUUGCGCGUGAACUCCGGAGACCUCACCGUGAUUGUAGGCCCCUCGGGGGGCGGGAAGAGCAGUCUGCUUUGUGCACUGCUCGGCGAGCUCGUCCUGAUUCACGGCUCCGCGUUCCUCCCUACGCAGGGCGGCAGGCAGCACCGCCGAUGCCGAGCUGGGGAGGAUGGAGAGGACAUCCGUGCAAUGGGAAUCUCCAGCGAAAAGGAAAACGGACGUGAGUCUGACUGUGACAGGCGGACACAAGCGGGGACCCGUCUAUGGACACCCGCAGGCGAAGGCGAUGAAGGAGAGAACGAAGCAUCCGACAACGAAGAGGAACGAGCACAGCUGAAGGACGGUGGAUGGGUAGCGGGAUAUGCCGCACAGCAGCCUUGGCUGUUUGGAGGCACAAUUCGAGAGAAUAUUCUCUUCGGCCGCGAGUUCGAGCCUGAGGCUUACCACAAAGUCCUGACUGCAUGCGCCCUACACAGUGAUAUCGAUAAGCUCGCAUGCAAAGAUCUUACGCGGCUCGACAGUGGAGGUCAAUGCCUGAGUGGCGGCCAGCGUGCCCGUGUAGGGCUCGCCCGGGCGGUGUACGGCGCAGCUCUUGCGGCCAGUUCGCCCGCUCCAUUUUCGUCACCACUGCGAGCUUCCGUCCCCCCUUCCGCGUUGUCGCUGUAUCGUCCCGCGGCCCCGUCGUCAGUUGUCGCAUCCUCUCAGCUCUCUGCUUCGCCGCCUUCCUCUGCGGUCGGCGGGUGCCCAGCAGGCUCUGCGGACGGCCUUACACACGGCAGCGACUUACAGAAACAGCCUCGUACUCGCCGACUCCCAACGCCUGCGCCAUAUGCAUCCAGGCGAGUCCAAAAGAACGCAGAGACUCGACUGUUUCUUAUUGAUGAUCCCUUCAGCUCGCUGGAUGCGGUCACCGCGAUGUGGGUCUGGCGCCACAUUUUCGCCGAAGGAGGCAUCCUGUGGAAGCACACCGUUGUGCUGGUGACGCAAGCGGCGUUUUUGAGUUCCGUGCCCGACGCGCCGAUUGCGUCUCUGCUCUACAUGGAGGGAGGGCACCUAGUCUCGCUCCGACCUGCCCCUUCUGUUUUUUCCUCGUCGCCGCUGGUAGGGUCGCCUGCCAUCUGGCCUUUUGCUUGUGCGUCACAGCCGUUCCCGCCGGCAUUUGCGUCUCCCCCUUUCUCUGCCUCCGCGCACUCCGCGCCCCACGCUGGCGGGGCCUCCGCACCCGCGGGUCCUCGCGGGGUUCUCGGCCUCGGCGACCUGUCUAGCGAGACCCCGAACCAUGACUCCGAGUCGGGCGCUCAGCGCCACGAAAGUCUCUCGUCUCUUGCUGCCGCGUCAUCGCGUGGUGGCGCCCCGCCGCUUCGACAGGGUCGCCUCGGCGGAGCCCCUCAGGGGGCGGGGGCAGGCUCACGGGCGCCCAAGCCCCGAAGCGUCGGCGGCCGGGCCGACACACCUGCGACUGCUGGGUCUGGCAGCCUGACGCGUGGCGAGCUGUCGACGUCCGCGACUGUCCUUUCCGAGCCGGUCGAUGGAAAAGGAACAAGCUCCAGCGGAGAGCGAAGCAGCUCCUACGGGAGUCUGUUGCGCGCCUCGUUUCCGCGGGUCUCUUCGUUUAGCUCCGAGGCCGCAGCCCCGUCACGCGCUCGACUCGGUGCGCACGCUGACUGCCCAGCGGCCGAGGCAAAGCCCCAGGCGACGGCGCCUUCGUGUGUUUCACAAUGGCCAGCAGCUCCACGCCGAAGGAGUAUUCGCGAAACGACUGAGGAAGAUAUCGUGGAGGACGCGGCCGGCGGAGGGGAGACUCCGGAAAGCCACGGAUGCCGAAACAGUCGUCGCGAGCGUGAUUUGCAAAGCGGAGUGGAGGGCGCGACGCGCCUCAGCUCUAGCGCACUGCAUUCAUACGCGGCCAAGGCACGGACGGGUGACUCGCCUCGAACUUGCCUAGAGGGCGGACUCUGCCGCCCGCAUCGAGGUCGCCAAAAUGAAGAGGAGGCGCGCGCGUGGCUCGCCGAGGGUCCUGAAGUGCCGUCGCGCAGCACAGCAUUCGGGUCGCGCAUGCGUGGGGCGCCGGAGACGAAGAUCUGCCGAAUGCGAGAAGGGAGACACCGGUCGGCUACAAAAGAGAAAGAGAAGCCUCCGCACGCCGGCGUCUCCGAUAGGGCCCUGUGGGGCGUAUACAUACGCGCGGCAGGCGCCGGCCGCGUGAUUGGAGUCCUCACCGCCUGCAUGCUGCAUGCUUACGGCAGCGCCUUCUGCGACUACUGGGUGAAGUGCUGGACGACCAAUCGGCUACCUUUUCUCAUUCCUCUUCCGCUUCUCACUUGCUUCGUUUCCUUGACGACUUCGGCGUCCUCACCGCCACCUUCAGCUUCCCUGCCGUUCCCGGCUGCGGCAGCGUCGUCGCUUCCUGAGAGCGUCGCCUCGUUCUUCACUUCCCUCUCCUCGUCGCUCCGCUCAGUCUUGCCUUUUUCUCUUUCCUUUUCACUCUCGCCGCUCUUUUCAGCGGCGGAGGACAGCGAAGCGGGAACGGUUCUCACCGCCGACGACGAACAGAAAUGGAGGGAUUUCAGCUUCCUGUGUGUGUACCUAUUCGUCGUCUGUUUUUCAAUUGUCCUCUGCGUUUGCACGACGUUCGGAUACGUGCGCUGUGGCCUGACGGCCGCCAGGGCCUUACAUGAACGAGUGCUUUCUUCUCUUCUCAGGUCGAGCAGCUCAUGGGUGGAGCGCACGCCGCUGGGCCGCAUCCUGAGCAGAUGCAGCGACGACAUCUUCAGCGUCGAUGAGCAGAUUCCCUCCGCGCUCCAUCUCUUCACCGUCAUCGCAGUCACUCUUUCUGCCAAGCUGCUCAUGCUGGCGGGAAACGCCCCCCUGCUUCUCCUCGUCCUCCUGCCGGUCGGCGUUUUCUUCUGGCGGACUUCUGCUCGCUUUCGGUCAUCGAUCAAGGACCUGAAGAGACUCGAAAUGCUGACACGGUCGCCUUUGCACGAAAAACUAGCGGAGGCCUCGACGGGCAGUGCGACAAUACGAGCUUUCGGCGCGCAGAACCGCUUCUAUAAGAACUGCGUGGCGAAGCUCGGCGAGCAUCGGCGCGUGGUGCAAAAUAAUCAACUUCUGCAGGCCUGGCUGUCCUUGAGGCUGCAGGGCUCCGGCGCGCUGGCGCAGGGUGCCUUCCUGUUUAUUGUCGUCUGUCCCGUCGUGCUCGUCCCGCAGCGCCUGCGGACGAUGCAAGGCGAAUUGGCGGCCGUUCUGGCUCUCGGCCUCUACUCCACCAUGCCGCUCGUGCGUCUGCUGACCUCGCUCAUCACCUCCGCCAUCCGCGCGGAAAUGCAAAUGGUCGCCGUCGAGCGCCUUUGCGAAUACGCAAAUAUCCCGCCUGAAGACCCAUCCUACGACCUGCUCUGUUGCCGUGCGGGAGCCUCCACGCUGCCGCAUUUCAACUCCACACCUCCUGUCCCCCUGACUCUCAAGGAUCCCAAGUCCCUGUCAGCGUUGCCCUCGUCGUGUGCCUCUGUCUCGUGUCCCCCUCCGCCGGCAUCCGCGUCUGCUGCGACUCCUUCUUCGUCUCGCGCCCCGUCGUC